GUGAACCUUGCUUUUAGGGACAUUGGUAUAUAAGGCAAAUGUUACCACACUGAACUCACAGUAGGAUUCAUUCCUCACACAAUGAUCAGGAAGGGUGUUACUGAGAGUUUUGGAGCAGCAGUCUCCUGCCUGAACACAUCUCAUCUGACAGAUGAAGUGAUUAGAAGGAGUAAGCGAAUGAUACUGGACACGCUGGGAGUGGGAUUGCUUGGAACCAGUACUCCAGUCUUUAACAUAGUCCUUCGGAGCAGCCAAAGGCAGCAAGCAGUGGAAAACAGCAAGGUCUGGGCAAGACCAGGAUUAUCUCUUCCACCUCAGUAUGCUGCCUUUGUUAAUGGUGUUGCGGUGCACUCAAUGGACUUUGAUGACACCUGGCAUCCAGCCACUCACCCCUCUGGCGCUGUUUUGCCGGCUCUCCUGGCACUGGCUGAAACACUGCCUGCUAAACCCUCUGGCCUCGAGCUGUUGCUGGCUUUCAAUGUAGGCCUUGAGGUUCAGGGGAGACUCAUGAGGUUUUCUAAAGAGGCUCAUAACAUUCCCAAAAGAUUUCACCCGCCUGCAGUUGUUGGGAUUAUGGGCAGCGCGGCUGCUUCGGCUAAACUUUUGGGUCUUCCAGCAGCCCAGAGCAUAGCAGCUCUAGCGAUAGCCUGCUCUUCUGCUGGAGCUCCCAUGGCAAACGCUGCUACUCAAACCAAACCCCUGCACAUGGGCAAUGCUGCCCGAGGGGGUCUGGAGGCCUCCCAGCUGGCUCUCCUCGGCCUUGAGGGUAAUACACAGAUUCUGGAUCUGGCAUCAGGCUUCGGGGCCUUCUAUCCAGAUUAUGUCCCUCAACCAUUGGCUGAGUUCACCCCAACUUCUCAGUACAAGUGGGUGUUAGAAGACCAGAAUAUUGCACAGAAGCGUUUUCCCGCACACCUCGGCAUGCACUGGGUGGCAGAUGCAGCAAUAGAAGCAAGGGCGACAUUUUUGGAUAAAUACCCAAAUGCAGAUCUCAGUCAAAUUAAGAAGAUCACACUCAGAGUGCCCUCAUCCAGAUAUGUAGACUGCCCUUUUCCAGUUAGCGAACACCAGGCCAGACACUCCUUCCAGUUCAACUGCUGUACCGCACUGCUAGAUGGUCAGGUCACAGUUGACUCUUUUAGCAAAAGCCAGAUGAACAGGAGCGCCCUUAAGGAGAUGCUUCUGAAAGUAGAGUUGGAAAAUCCACAAGACAACCAUUCAAGCUUUGAAAAGAUGUAUUGCGAAAUCGCCGUGGAGACAACACAAGGGGAAAUGUUCAACGCACGCUGCAACACUUUUUACGGUCACUGGAGGAAACCACUGAGUCAUGAGGACCUCGUGAUGAAGUUCAGGGCUAAUGCUUCGACUGUGCUGACCCCUGAUGUCGUGGACGCUAUUAUUUACACUGUAGACCGUCUGGACACAAACCAAGACUGCUCAAUGCUUUGGUCAUACAUGCACUUUAAUAAGCACAUGAUGCACAGGCAUGAGCAUCUCUACUCAGCUUUGGCUUGAAUUAUUGUGUAAUGUUACUUGUUCAGGCUAAUAGAAAGUAUCUUGGUGAACCACUUAUUAAACCUGUUAUGAAUUCUGAUGCGGUAAAAGUUAAAAGCACGAGAACCACUGUACUAUUGUGAUUGAAAUCUUGCAUUUUCUAUUCCAGCAAUUGUUACAAGUAAUUUAGAGGUUAGCAAGUGUUUAAAUCUUUUUAUACAUUUUUAUACAUAUUUUUACCAUUAAAUCUUGUCUAUAACGUGCAUUUUGAGGGUACUGUGGCUAGCCUAUUUCAGCAACAUUUUUUUUUUUUUUUUUUUGGAAAUACACAAAAUUAAGCAACCAUGCUCUUUCGUCAGAUGUCGUUUUUCCCAGGAUGCAGAAAGUAACGAGAGAAAACAGAACAGCUCUGUUCAUUUUUACACUUUCUGAAUGAAAGGUUUCACAUCAAUUUCUUCUUUGCAUUUUAUGUCACCGUGUUUUCUGUUCUGUAUUUUUUAUUUUCUGUUUGAAUGUAGCUAUUUACAAUAUAUAAAUUAUUUAUCAAUUAUCAAACUGAAUUGUCAGCAUAAUUUCUCCAGUUGCAUGAUCCUUCAGAAAUCUUUCUAAUAUGCUGAUUUGCUGCUCAAUAAAAAUGUCUUAUUAUCUGUGUUGACA